UCUGCGUACCUACAGAAGGCUGGCGAGGGGCAUCAUGGCCGCGGACAGUGACGGUGGUGUGUCUUCAGUUCCAACGUCCUCUGAUGGUGGUGUCAACAAAAACACACAGUCUGCAGAGGAGCUUGUAGUUCGGGUUCCUGUGGUAGAUGUGCAGAGUGACAACUUCAAGGAGAUCUGGCCAUCACUCUUGCUAGCCUUAAAGACAGCUAGCUUUGUGGCUGUGGACACGGAGCUGAGUGGGCUUGGGGAUAGGAAGAGUUUACUGAACCAGUGCAUCGAGGAGCGUUAUAAGGCUGUGUGUCAUGCUGCCAGGACCCGCUCUGUCCUGUCCCUGGGCCUCGCCUGCUUCAAGCAGCAACCAGAUAAGGGUGAAAAUUCUUACUUGACUCAAGUGUUCAAUCUCACCCUACUGUGCAUGGAGGAGUAUGUUAUAGAACCAAAGUCUGUGCAGUUCCUGGUACAGCAUGGUUUCAACUUCAACCGGCAGUAUGCUCAGGGUAUCCCCUACCAUAAGGGCAAUGACAAGGGAGAUGAGAGCCAGAGCCAGUCAGUACGGACACUGUUCCUUGAACUCAUUCGGGCCCGUCGGCCCCUUGUGCUACAUAAUGGCCUUAUAGACUUGGUGUUCCUGUACCAGAAUUUCUACGCUCACUUGCCUGAGAACUUGGGAACCUUCACUGCUGACCUGUGUGAGAUGUUCCCAGCAGGCAUUUAUGACACCAAAUAUGCUGCAGAGUUCCAUGCCCGAUUUGUAGCUUCCUACUUAGAAUAUGCUUUCCGGAAAUGUGAGCGGGAAAAUGGGAAGCAGCGGGCAGCUGGCAGCCCACAUCUUGCCCUGGAAUUCUGCAGCUAUCCAUCUAGCAUGAGAGACCACAUUGACUACCGCUGCUGUAUGUCCCCUGUGACCUGCCGUCGUUCUCAUACCACUGGCAUUUGUGACAAGUUCUCGGCCUAUGGCUGGUGCCCUCUAGGACCACAGUGUCCCCAGUCACACGAUAUUGACCUUAUAAUUGACACUGAUGAGGCUGUGGCAGAGGAUAAGCGGAGGCGGCGGCGACGGAAGGACAAACGAAAGAGGGCUUUGCAGAGCCAACCAGGGACACAGACUCUUGAGGAAGCUGAAGAUGGUCCUCCCACAAAGCAGGUCUGUGAAGAUAGCCUCCAGACUGAGAACAUGGAACAGAUAACGGCAGAAGGUCAAGCUAGGGAUCAGCUUGGCUCCAGGCAAGGUCACACAGGUAGCUUGGAGAUGGCACAUAAGAGGACAAGUUCUGAAGCAGCUGAUGUGGCCACCUCAGAGCUGCUGGUGAACCAAGCCAGUACUAAUCCUGUACCUGGGGAUGGAUUGCAUCGUGCUGGCUUUGAUGCCUUUAUGACAGGUUAUGUGAUGGCCUAUGUGGGUCUGAGCCAGGGACUUCAACUCUGCAGCUCUGAACCUUGGCUUCCUGAGUGUCACAACAAGGUAUAUCUAAGUGGCAAAACUGUACCCCUCACAGUGGCCAAGAGCCAGUUUUCCCGUCCAUCCAAAGCCCACAACCAGAAAAUGAAGUUGGCUUGGGGCAGCAGCUGACUCCAACAUCUGCCUGAUAACUAGGCCCAGGGAGAGGAGUUAGAGUAGAAGAGAGGUUUGGCAAGGUGUAGUGGUUUGUGUUUGUCAUCCCAGGAACCUUAGGCUGAGGCAGGAGGAUUAUUACAAUUUCAUGGCCUACAUAUUCUAAGUCAGUCAGAGCUAUAUAGUAAAGUCAUAUUUCAAAAAGAAGUAAUUUGAGUCUUUAGUCUAUGUAUGUCACAUUUAACUGCUACAGAGUUGUCAAGCAAGUCCUGGCAGACACUGAGUACUUCAAUACUGUUUUCUUUUGCAAACUCCGAGGCCUGGGUACAAGGGUACAAAUAAGGCUAACUAGCACCUGCAACAUCAACUUUAUUAUUAUUUUUUUUAAUCUUAGAGUGUUUUGGGAAAAGUUUAAAAAAAAUCAACAGAAAUGAAUUAUGAAAAUAUUUGACCAACUUCA